CACGUCGCGCGACUUCCUUGGAUGAAGACUUCAACACUGAAAGAGGAUCCAAGAAACUUUGCCAGAACAAAAGGCAGACGAAAAAAAAAACAACUAAAAACUAAGAUGAGUCACAGUUGUGAUUCCUUUUUACAGUGACUGUGGACCGCACAUAAUCUUUAACAAUGUACUUUUUUGAUCCAUUCCGUUUUCUGUCGGGAUAAACAUCUCGUCUGAGGGAUGUUCAUCGGUGAGAAGGCGGGCUAGCGGUAGCUGCUUUUAUUCGUCUAAAUUAACGUUACUUUUAAACGGUGGAAGCCUCUUGUUAUUUAUUUAUUUAUUUUCUUUCCACUUCUGUUUUAAAAUAACGGGUUGGUCUUGCAGAUGUUAUUUUAUGGUUUCCUUGAUAGUGGCUUCAGAAAACUUUACAGCGACACAUAAGUCCCGCAGUCUGGGAGUUUAGUAUUUUCGUGUGGACAGGACUGCAGUCAGAAACAUCAGCUGCAGGUGAUUUAUAUGAUAUAAUUAAAACGCACUCAAGAGAGCUGCUCUAAUGAGAUCAAUAGCGCCGACACGGGAGUUGUCAUGGUGACAGCGUGCUGAAUGAAGCGGACGUCUAGGACUAGACGACUAGAAGAACAGAUUGUCUUUUAAAACUAGCAGUUCCCAUCUGAUAUUUUUAUGUUUUGGAAAUAUAUUAUAUUCCCUGACGAGACAGACUUGUUGCGUAUUUGAUGAGCGAGCAUCUGUUCCAAAAAAUGGGUUGUUCUGUCCUGGUGCUCACUAUCAUUGCAUCCACUCUUGGUGGCCUAGUGUUCGGCUACGAGCUCGGAGUAAUAUCUGGUGCGCUGCUGCAGCUUCAAGCUCAGUUCUCUCUGGGUUGUGUCCAGCAGGAAGCCGUGGUUAGCGCUAUUCUGAUCGGAUCAUUGUCAGCAUCAGUGAUCGGUGGCUGGCUGAUUGAUCGUCAUGGCAGGAGGGCAUCCAUUUUACUGAGUAAUCUUCUCAUUUUAGGAGGCACCAUCAUCUUAACUACGAGCGUAUGUUUUUUGGCAUUGGUGGUUGGGAGAGCCAUCAUUGGUUUUGCAAUGAGCAUUUCUUCCAUGAGCUGCUGCAUCUUCGUCUCUGAGAUGGUUGCUCCCGAACGCAGAGGGUUGAUGGUUUCCCUUUACGAAGUUGGAAUUACAGUUGGGAUCUUGUUGGCUUAUGCGGCCAACUAUGUUUUCUCCGGUGUCCAAGCAGGAUGGAGGUACAUGUUUGGACUUGCUAUUAUACCAUCUCUUAUGCAGUUGGUGUCCAUUGGGUUUUUACCUCACACAACUGGUACCUCUGAAGACCUCUUAACAGAGGACGAUAGCCAGCAAUCUGAUAGAUUAGCAGGGGACAUGUUGAAUCCGCACCCGACAGAACAAGUUAAAUAUAGUGUCUUUGACCUUUUCAAAGCCAAAGACAACAUGUGCAGAAGAACCGGCAUUGGUCUUGGGCUGGUGCUCAGUCAGCAAUUCACAGGUCAGCCAAAUGUCCUCUUUUACGCUUCCACCAUCCUUUUCUCCGUGGGAUUUCAGAGCAACGCGUCUGCAGUACUUGCGUCGGUGGGUCUGGGAGUAGUCAAAGUCAUUGCUACUCUGUUGGCAAUGAUAUGUUCAGACAAGGUUGGUCGAAGAUCCCUUCUGAUUGGCGGAUGCACAGUGCUGGCUAUAGGAUUGAUACUUACUGGUUUCUUGUGCAGAGAGUCAGUGAUUGAUACAACAAAACAAUGCACAAAUUCAUUAGAACCACAUUCAAAUUUGACCUCACCGGCUGAAAACCAAAAAAACAUGGGCAAAAACUUGGUCAGUCAAAGUACUCCAUCUACUGGACAUCAAACACAUGAUGCUUACGAAGAUUCAAAUAUUUCUUCACACUCUGAGGACAUGUAUAAGUGGAUUAUUUUUAUCUGCAUGAUGACAGUUGUGAGUGCCUUCUCGGUCAGCUUUGGACCAAUGACAUGGCUUGUGCUAAGUGAGAUAUUUCCAAAGGAAGUCAGGGGAAGAGCCUAUUCAUUCAUCAACUGCUUCAAUGUGGGGGCCAACCUCAUAGUUACCUUUUCUUUCUUGAGUAUUACAGAUGUGAUAGGGCUGUCUGGAAUAUUCUUUGUGUAUGGAGUUAUCGGACUGGCAGCGGUUGUGUUCAUCUACCUUGUACUACCAGAAACCAAAGGAAAAUCUCUUCAUAAAAUUGACAGAGAACUCUCUCAGACACGAUUUUUUCACAGAGAGGAAUUCUGCAAUAUUUUCCAAAGAAGACAUUUCUCUCCAGGUUAUCAGAGAGUUCACUUGACAAGCACAACAACAUGACAUAAAGCAGAAUCGUUCUGUUCGCUGGAUAAUAUUGUUCAAUGCUGAAAUGAUCAUGGAUAUCUAUUUUUGAUUUAUCUUUUGUAGGAACUCUUGUAAUAUGAUUCACAUGGUUAGAUCAUAUGCAUAUGAUAUUUAUUAGUGAUGAAUCAUUAUGAAAUCAUGAUACUUUUGUAAUUAUACGUUUUAAAUUAAGUAUAAAUUACACCUACUUGAGUCUAAUUGUAUGACUUUUGUAGUCUGUGACAAAAUAUAUGUCAGAGCACAUAAAAAAAUUUACAAUUUAAAUGAUUAAAACUCUGCUUAACCCUUGUGGGGUCUUCGGUCAUUUCUGACCUGAAUAUCUUACAUUUAAAAAAUUUUAAACUCACAGCUUCAUCGGAAUGACAUGAAAUGUGGUGACGUUUAUGGCAUUUGGGGUGUGAAUACACAAAAAAAUUGAGGGCAUGAUUCGAACAGUCUAAGUGGGCAUAAAAAAAAUAGUAACACUCAGGACCGGCCAUAGGAAAUAAAUGGCAAAUAGACAAAAACACAACAAUUCAGAGAAUAUUUAUGUACACAAUCUACAAAUCAAUCACAAAACUGAAAAAAAGUGCACAAUAGUAAAGGCAUGACACUAUUAAACAUCUAGAGUCUGAUAUUGACACAUCCAAUCACACACAGAUGCACACACACACACACAAAAUUACACAUAGACACCUAUGAACUACUGUGUCUGUAACACAGAGCAAAGUUUUGAGAACGUGAAAUCCAUUCAAUAAUUUAGUCAUAAUGCACAAAAAUCUAACAGCAGUUAAGGUAUGACACUUUAAAUCAUCACACACACACACACACACACACACAAAAGAACAUGUGCGCGCGUACACACACACACACACACACCUAUGACCUGCUGUAAAACAACAAUGAGAAGCAAGCGCUGCCUCUUGGGUUUGUCAGUGCACUUAGAAACUCAGACUUGGUCCUUUGCACCAUUCCUGUUAUUUGAGCUUGUUUGUUGCUGAUGUUUCCUUUUGAUUACUUUUCCUUCCUUUUGUUAGUUCAUUGACAUUUUACAAAAAUAGACAUAUUCAUUGCAAAAUGUUUACAUAAACUGUUAUAUUUGAAUGAAUUGCAUUUUUUAAAUACAAUUCUAAAACAAAAAAGGUGAAAUGC